CGUGACUCAGUUUUCCUCUAACCGAUGGCCAGAGGUUGUUGUUGUUGUGUGGGUGUCUAUGUUUACCAGAGAGGGAAAGAAAGAAGAAAAACGCAAGGCGAAGCUUUGGGUUCCCAGCGCCUCGGGUGUCAUUCUAUUUUUGCACGUCGAGGUCCGAGUUGGAAGGGGUCCCAUCAGGCCCAGCGCUUCAGUGGCUGGGAAGAUCGCGGACGAACGAGACGAAGCGAUUAUUUUUGAACACGACCAAUGUUGCUUCAAGACGUUGAUGAGAAGAUAAAUACAAAUAUGCGCGAAGAAGCUUUCAGUUGUCGACGGAAGUGCGCCAUGACGAGCAGUGGGUCACGGAUUUUGCAGCGGAGAAACGCGUGCGAUCGCAUUUGUACUCCGGGUGUUUGUGCGUCGAAGGUGGGCCCAGACGAGUACAGGACUGAACGGGACGCCACCGAAAAUGGCAGCACUGUCGCGCCUCAGAGGAAAACGUUCAACAUCAACGAAGACGUACGUCGCCGAGUUCCGCGACAUCGGAACACAGACGUGAAUGAUGUAUCGAGUGGUUGUGUUUGCACGUGUCCUGUGAUAUGUAUCGAUAGCACAAAAGAGACCAGGCCGAGUGUCACGGUCAGCAGCGACGCACUGGCCUGCGAGGAUGAUGAGUUUGCGGUGAUCAGGCUCAGCUUACGUAAGCCGCGACGCUGGAAAUGGAAACUGACGACCUGUGCCUCGUCACCCGCCGUCAUCUUGCUCGACGAGAGGGGGGACCUGUUGAUCGACACAGCCAUGCGGCCAGGAACGCCCGUCGACAACAACGGGAAUGAUACCGGUGUUCAGCCAAGUCGACGAACGCAGAGAAACGGAUGGGAACAGCGUGACAUCUGCGCUGAGUACAGAGAAGGUGAUCGCUUGAGAAGCAGAAAGAUAACCGAGAGGCCUGUCAGAGAUUUUGAACAGAAACAGAAAGACGAUUUGAUGAAAAGCGUGUCGCUGCGAGAGGGGCUGAGAUCGAUGAUCCCACAGAGAAGCGGUCCAGAGACGAGGGGUCGAUCUCUCGACGCAAGUGUGCGAUCGACGAGUACGCAAAGUCGCUCUGCGUCCGACGUCUCAGUCAAAGACCGUCGCUUGUCGCCGAGGAGCAAAGCUCGUCGCCACUUCGUCUUGAGACGACGGAACUGUGCAGACAGCUCCACGUCCAGUGAUUCAUCGUCGGAUGUCAGCGCGACAACGGCGCGCAGGGGCAGAACCACAGGCGGCCGUUCAUUGCCGUCGCAUGAAGAGGCCAAAGGCGGUUCCGAUGUGUCCCGUUUAAAGAAGCUUCAUCGCCGUCGGUCUUCAAGCAGGAAGCGGAAAGGACGGCAUGACCCGACUUCCGGCAGUCCAGCGACUUCGCGGCGAAUCAGACGCCGCCAGCAAGGUCAGAACCUGUCGUCGUUCAAAUUAGAUUCCGGGAUGGGCUCAAACGUCAGCCGGCAUUCGGAGAAAGGUUUGUCCGGGCGUCGGACGCAGUCCAGCGGGAACUUAUGCAACGGCAACAAAAUCUUGGCGCCCAGCGUGGGCCGAAUCCUCGUACCAUGCAGCGGGGGCGUCGGUCCCAAAGAUCGCAACAAGUUCUGUGGCUCUCUGCCGAACCACUUGGAUUCCAAACACUGUGAUCUCCCCGACGCUUGUUGCAAUGGUAACAACAACAAUGGCGAACACACCGUCCCCAAGAACGAAUGCGACGACGUGGAGCUACGCCUCCAUCCGCUGCCACCGCCGUACACCCUGGACCCCGCAGCGCUGCAUGACCAAGGCUACGGGUCCGAGAGGUCUCCUGAGGAGGAGCACCCCCCGUCAUUGCCCGGGAUGCCGGAGCUGACCAGCAAGUACCCGUUCAUCACAAGAGAAGCGACGUCCGAGGUACGCCUCCUGAAGAGCAGCCGUGGCCUGGGUCUCAGUGUGACUGGCGGAGUGGAUUCUGGCGAGCAGUGGCCUGGGUUGGUGCGCAUCAAGCGACUGUUUCAGCACCAGCCGGCGUGGCAGAGCGGUCAACUCGCCCAGGGCGACGUCCUGCUGGCGGCGAAUGGCGUCCACCUCAUCGGCCUGACCAACUAUGAAGCCCUAGAGGUGUUGCGGACAACGCCGAACAACGUGGUGUUGACCGUCUGCCGCCCCCCGGUGCACUUCUUCUCCGUGGGGCUUGUGACGUACUGUCGACCGUCCGGAAUGCGGGGUUCCCCCGGCGCCAGUCUGCUUCCUAACCCAAACGUAAUUGUAACGGGAAAGCGGCAAGGUGUGAAGUGUGGGUCGAGGAAGAUGGCGUCUGAUAGUUGUCUCGCUGAUUCUGUGUUGUUGGAGUUUGACAUUGUCCUGACCAAAGUUAAUCGGAGUCUUGGUUUUACCUUGCGGAAGGAGGAUGAAAGUGUUUUGGGUCAUUAUGUUCGUGCACUGGUUCGCGAACCCGCGCUCUCUGAUGGUCGCAUCAGGCCUGGUGACAAAAUAGUCGCAGUAAAUGACGCUGAUAUUUCGCCGAUGAGUCAUGAAGAAGCAGUGAUGUUUCUCCGCCAGUGUGGUGACCGAGUGAAGCUUCGUCUGUACAGGGAUGCGUCCCAGACUCCAGUGUCUGCACUGUCACCUACCGACGAGGCGAAGACUUUCAAACCAAAGCCAUUGCUCAGGAAGGAGGCAAUCGAUAUGCUGUCAGAUUUGGCUGUGAAGAAGCUCUCACCAUGUGAUUCCAGUAGUUCAAGCUAUGGCAAGUUACACAGAGUUUCAGACAGGCAAAGUUCAUCUCCGUGUUCAUCGCCUCGGAGACGCCGACUCACUAAGACACCGUCCCCAGAUGUGCAUGGAGCUACGUUGGACAGGCUUGGGCAGAAGUAUAUGGUAACUAGUCAUGUUGGCAACUCUGACUCAUCUGGUGAGCAGUCUCAGGCGAGCACAUUUACAUAUCCAAGCAUGGACUCCACAAAGGCGAGGGGCGAUGCAAGUAGUUUUGCAUCCACUGCAGGCAGUGGUGAUAGCAUUGACAUGAAACCUCAGCGCCCAAAUUUUCUUGAUCUUUGUGGUGGUAGUGCCACACCAUGCGCGUCCAGGAAAAAGAAGUUCACAUUUUCUGUCGCAGCAACUGGAGAUGAUGAGUGGGACUCAGUGGCGGUAACUAGUGAAUCAGAUGAGCUUGCAACUAAUAUGACACUUGGUAGUGUGAGUCAGUGCUAUCCAACUACAAGUGAUAGCAGUGAGGAGUUUAGGACUGAUGGUGUUGGUAGCAAUGAUCCAAACUGUGAUGGUAGUUUACCAACAGAGCCAGCGAGUAUGCCUCCACUAACGAACUUGUCGUCAACAUCCAGCACUUCGACGGCAUUCAGUUACAGGAAUCCGGCCUACCAGUCGGCACAUCCGGGAUGUUACGCGUCAAACAGCCAAAGCAGUAUGAGGAAAAACUCGGAUGAUGUGACUGAGCGCGCGUCAGACCAGGACAUACCGGGAAAACUUUUUAACUGCCAAGCUGGAUCUGGUGGUAAUGGUUCUCGGGGGCUACUCAAGUGGAAAGGAAUUGUGUUUACACCAGAGAAUGAUGAAGUGGGGAACAGCAACAUUUCCACGUUCACAGAUGACUCCAGCACUCAGCUCACAGUUGACAGGGAAAGUGAACAAGAAAAUCAGGUGUUCAUGGUGGAGCUGACCCGUGGCUGGAACAGUCGACUGGGCUUCAGUUUGAGGGGAGAUGGUCAUCACACUUACAUCAGUGCCAUAUAUGCAGACAGUGUGGCCGCUAAGGAUGGCCGAUUGCAAGCGGGGGACCAAGUACUCAUGGUGAAUGAUGAGAAUGUGGAUAACAUGAGCACUGCUGAGGUCAUUGAUCUGCUAAGAAAGAUUCGUGGUACGAUUGGUAUCACAGUUUUGAGGAAAAGUGGACCAAAUCUUCAAGUUUCAUGAUUGUUAGCUGAGAAAAAUUAAAACUUUUUGUGUCCUUAAGUCAUUAAUAUUCUAGUUUUCAGAGGGCACUGUUUUCAUGUGAUCGUUGUUCCCUUUCUAAAUACAGAAGAAAGAAGGCGCUGCUUUCAGAUAUUUUUACUGAACUCAGUUAUAAUUCAGGUGUCAUAUAUCUAGUUUAAGGGAAUUAGAAUAUUGUAAUUUUACGAACACACGUGUGUUGUCUGUUAAAAGUAUUUAAAUUUCUGUAAAUCAAGUAAUGACGCUUUCAAGAUGUGCAAAAUAAGGUUUUAGAAAAUGUUCAGCAGAGACCAUAUGUAAGAAUUGGUAUUUACAAACCUUUCUUUCUUUAUAGGACCUCUCCUUUCCAUUGCAGAUUUCAGUUCUGAACCUUCAUUGUUGUUCUUAACUUAAAGUGCUUUAUCAAAUUUUUGAUUCCAAAUUAAUUUGGCUGUGCCAUUGAAUGUAAAGCAUUUGCAUUACUCUUGUGCUUUUGAAAGAUUUUGUUCAUUAGAAAUUAAUUCCUAUCUUGAUUCAAGUGCCAUUUUUUAUAAUUUCCAAAGAAUUUUUAGUGGAAAAUUAAUGAAAGAUCCCUUUUGCAUAUUCAUAUUUGCCUUUCAACUUUGAAUUUGCCAUUAACACACUAAAACGUUCUGAGGUUUGAGCUAGAAGAGUGGACCAUUAAAAAUAAUUUCUGUACGAUCUCUUCUGCUUUUUACUACAAAAUACAGUAUUAAAUAUAAUAUAUAUUAUGUGGCUUUGUGAUUCAAAAUAAUUUAUUUUAUAAAUCUGGUUAGAUUAAAAUUAGCCCCUUAAAUACGUCUAAAUAAUAUGAUACUGCAUCUGUUACUAUUCUGCUCCUGCAUUAUAGAGUAUUAGUCUUGAAACCAGUUCAAGUAGAAAGCACAUGGCGUAUUACGUGGUGAAGCUACAUUAUUUCAUUAAAAAUGAAAAAAAAUGUAGUGUGAAGGAAGUAUCUACAAAAGGUUCCGUUGCAGUAUUAGUUUCAGCUUCAUAGAUAUGUGAAUGCCACUUACUGUAAUUCCUUGAGUGGGGAUAAAGUCACUGCAUCUGCAGGUUGACUGAAAAUAGAUUUAUAAAGAAUUAUUGAAACUAUAAAACAUAAGUAUUCUUUGUAAUGUCGUUAUAAAUGUGUAAUUAUUUUUGUAAUGCACUUUAAUUUUGGUCAAGCUAAAAAUGAGAGAUUCUGUAGUUAGAUGGAUGCAAGAAAAUUCUUUGUGCUUCCAUGUAGAGUGAAUUUAUAAUCAGUACACAAAUGUGCGUACUGUGUAACCAAAGAGUAACUAGAAAUAUCAUGUGUAAAUAUAUCUGAUUUGUGACUUAGAA